GCUCUGUUCUGGAAACCCUACCUCACUCGGAUCGCCGUCUCUUUUCUCGCGUGCGCACUAAGCAGCAGCGGCGGUUUUGAUGGCAACCGUGGAGAAUGCCGUGGCCAAGACCGUGAAGGACGUCUCACCCCACGAGUUCGUCAAGGCGUACUCCGCCCAUCUCAAGAGAUCCGGCAAGAUGGAGCUUCCUGAGUGGACUGACAUUGUGAAGACUGGAAGGUUUAAGGAACUUGCUCCUUAUGACCCUGAUUGGUACUACAUCAGAGCUGCUUCAAUGGCUAGAAAAAUAUACUUGAGGCAGGGAAUUGGAGUAGGUGGCUUUCAGAAGAUUUAUGGAGGCCGCAAGAGGAAUGGAAGUCGCCCACCACAUUUCUGUAAGAGCAGUGGGGCAAUUGCUCGUCACAUUUUGCAGCAGUUGGAAACAAUGAAUAUCAUCGAAAUCAACCCAAAAGGAGGAAGGAAAAUCACUUCUCAAGGACAGCGGGAUCUCGAUCAAGUCGCUGGGCGGGUAUCGGUGCUUCCCUGAUCGUGUUCUGAUUCCAUCGCAUCAAUUCAGAGACAUUUUGUUCAGAUCCUCAGCAGCAGAGUUACUUUGGUGAAAAGUUGGAUGUAUUAUUUUGAGCAUGCUACAUGAUUUGUUUUCUUAUAUUAGCCACCAAUCUUACAAUCUAAGAUAAAUGUAGGUUUCACUUCAAUGGUG